UAGACACCGCUGAAAGCAAACUUGAUACAAAUAUUGCUUCUGGACAAAAUAGCAAGUCAUGUAACAUGCAUGAAAUAUCAAAUUACCGAGAUUAUUCGAACUGAAGAUGCUGAGCAGCGUGGUUUUUAUCUGGAUAAUUGGAGCCAAUUUAUUAUUUUGCUCAGCGUGUUUAAACACAUAUACGAUUCUGGGCCCCGGAUUUGGUGGUAGUCAUAUAUACUUCUCGGGAAAUAAUACGCUCGAUGAAUGCCAGACCCUCUGCAACAAUGACACUAUAUGUCUGGGGUAUGAAUACGAGGCAUCAAUCUCGUUCUGUCAGCUGUCGAACAACAACACCGGACAGGCUACUGGAAAUGGGACUUCUUAUUUCUACAAAAGAAAUUGUUGUUUGAAUUCCUACACAUCCAUUGGGAAUAGACGAAGAGCUUCGUCCGGAUCUACAUUGUGGGAGAGCAGUCCACUCAGCCGACCAGAUUGUGAGAAUCAGUGUAACAGUUACACGACUUGCAUGGGCUUUUAUUACAACACUGAUGACAGUACAUGCGGAUUAUCCUCAUCCUCCUCGUAUUCCGACGAUUACUGGUGUUCCUCCUGUCAUUAUUAUGUGAAGCAAUGUCCAGGGGGCUGUUUCACCACAUAUACAACACAUGGACCAAACAAACGGGGUGUAGGCGUUUUCUAUGAAGAAACCCCCAAAACAAAAGUGGAAUGUGAAGCACUCUGUAAUGCAGAUGAGAUUUGCCAAGGAUUUCAUCAUAACACAGACGAUGAUCUAUGUCAGUUAACUGUCGCCAAUAAUGCCAUUAGCGCCUCAACUUCCAUAUUUAGUUCAUGCAAUGAGUGUUUCUUUUACCAGAGGCAUUGUCCGAAAGGUUGUUUUGAUGCGUACACAGUUGUUGGACCAUACCGGAAAAGCAGUGCGGUGUAUUGGGAGAAUACAUUGACGGUAGAAGAUUGCGAAGCUAGCUGUAAGGCUGACAGUUUUUGUGAGGGAUUCACUUACAGAACUGACAACUCCCUAUGUCAGUUAGCCACUUCUAACAACGAGCAGUUUACUUUUUGCAGUUCUUGCUAUUUUCAUAAACGACAAUGUUCUGUAGAAGUCUCACCAGUCGCUUCAUCAACUGCAACAACAGACCCGGGGACUUUAUCUACAAAUACUGAACCUUCGCAAAAGACGGAAUCAUCGCUUUUAUCAAUCACAACGCAGACGGAAACUACAGUGUCGGAAAUUACAACAGUUUUUGAAACGACAACAUAUGCAAUAUCAACAAGCACGGACACAUUAAAGUCAUCGACGGCUGUAGAGGUUGUUGUGAAUAGCUCCGUUCAGUGCACUUGUGUUUGUGUUGAGGUGAACACCACACUCGAAGAAUCUAUUGAACAGAGAAAGAGAGAGUUGCAAGUUAAUGUUGAUGAAUUAUCAUCCACCAAGCGGAAAUUGACAAGUGCAGACGACCCUCGACCUUCUGCGCGGACGGUAGGAUACGUGGGAAUUGCGUUCUUUGCUUUACUAGGAUCUUUUAUUGUUAUACCAGAUUUCUUUUCAGUCGUCGUUUUCAUCGUACGACGUUUAAAGUUAUUAAAAGGAUAUGAUUGAUGUACGUGUAAUUAAAAAUAACUUCUUUGCCUGUAGACACAAAUGAAUACAUGUGACGUCAUACAGUGACGGUGCAGGGCAUGAAAUCGGAUAGACAGCUAGAAUUGUGACCAAAAAAAUCUAUUUUUAGAGUAUGUUCGGAACCCAUGUUUUUGAUGUUCGGAUAAACAGAUUUGCAAGCAGACAUAUGCUCGUGUCAAUAACUAAUGUUCCAAACGUUCUGCUGAUCCUGAGCAGGGAGAACAUAUAAUAGGAAAUCUGUUUGAAAAUACACAACUUCGCAAGGUACAUACAAUGUAUAUUGUAAAACGAGGAUAAGAGACAUGACAAUGAAGGCUAAAGAUAUGCUUUUAGCGAGAUAAAUAGCACACACACAUACCACACAACACGUCUAUCUUUCUAUCAUGAAUAUUAAUUUUGGAUUAAUAUUUCAAGAACUGUAUAAAGUAAUAUUAGGUAUAUCAUGUAUUUCUUUUUCUUUGAUUUUUGUGGUUAACGUGUAAUUUCCCCAACGAUUGAUUGAUUGUAUAUUGUUUAACGUCCCUCUCGAGAAUUUUUCACUCAUAUGUAGACGUCACCCUUGCCGGUGAAGGACUGCAAAAUUUAGGCCUAUGCUCGACGCUUAUGACCAUUGAGCAGGGAGGGAUCUUUAUCGUGCUACACCUGCUGUGACACGAGAUCGCGGUCUCAUCCGAAGGACCGCCCCAUUUAGUCGCCUCUUACGACAAGCAAGGGGUACUGAGGACCUAUUCUAACCCGGAUCCCCGCGGGACAAUUUAUCUAACGAAAAAGGAAUCCACUCAUACCAAUUGUGAGGCCGUUCUUUACGGGGGUGUGCAUUCGUGCCAUGAUUAUAAUAAACUAUAUGCUAUAUCGCCAAUACUGAAUUUGAUCAA